CUCUCUUCUCUGUUCCCUAACUUCAUCCCACUCUGCAACAGAUCCCUCCACUCGUUUGGGAUGUCACUCGUUUGACAGCAGCAAAACAUUCGCUAUCAGCACAUCCAAUGACCAGCGGACAACUUCGACGAGAAAUCAACGUCCACAUAUCACACUCUUUGUGAUCUGAACGGCACCGAGACCAGCCAAACAAUGGACAAUCAAGAUGGGUUCCAUCAUGGCUUGGAGAAGCGGAUAAUCCAGGAAGUCUUUGACAAGCUUCUGAGCCCAUUGUGCAAGGCCUUUCCCAAGGCACCAGGUUGUCCUACGCCAGAAGAGCCAGUGGAGGCGCCGCCGCAGUCAACAACGCCGACAACAACGCCGACGACAACACCGGCACCAGCCGCAACUUCACCUCCUGCAGUUAUAGCACCACCUCCAGCCGCAACAAAGACUCAGCCCGCGAGUCCUCCCGUUGUGACACAGCCACCGGUAGUGGUAGCACCGCCAGCCACUACUGCUCCCGCAGUCGUGAAGCCCUCGUCAGCCAGCAUCACGCCGCAGCCAACGAAGGGAGCUGAAAAAGGAUCAGGAUCGAAUCCUGGAACUAAAUCGGGUGAAGGAUCUGGACAAGGCAACGGAUCAGGAAGUGGCCCUGGUUCGAAUGGUGCGGAUAAGGGUAACGCCGGAAAUGCGGGGAAUGAUGGAUCCAACUCUGGCAAGGGAGCCACGGGACCUGUCGGAUCUGAUAACGACAACAGCACCACCGUUCCACCACCGAGCAUGACUUCGGAUACGACUGCAGUACAGCCCACGGCUACCUCAGCCAGCUUUGAUGGGAAUGCAUUUUUUCCUGGGAACGUUGUUCUCGCCGCCCCAAUGGCAGUCCCGAGUCAGUCAUCCGAGUCGGGCGAAGAUACGGUUGGGGAUGGUACCUCGGGGGAUGGGGAUAAUUGGGCGCAGGGUUCUCAGCCUUCGGCCACCUCCUAUAACUCAGCAAUCCAACAUAACGGCCAAGCCAUUUCUACUACGCUCUCCACUGCAUGGAUCGCCGCAGGCACUCCAACAAGCAUCCCAUCAGUAGAAAGCACCAUCCCUGGGCAAGCAUCUGGAUCUGAUGACCCCUCACGGGGCAACCCAGACCUUUAUCCUACCCCCGGCUCAACUCACACGCCAGCGGGUGGAGGUUCUACCACAGGAAAUAGCGACAGUCCCACUGGGGACUCGCCUAAUACCAGCAGCACGGGUCUUGUAUCUGGUAUUGCCGGUGGUGUCAUCACCAUUGUGGUCCUCUUCUUUGUUCUGUUCCUUCUCCUCUACAAAUACCGCCGCAACGCCCGCGUCCAGAACUUCCUCAUCAAGUACACCCCCCUGAAAGUAGCCGCCUACACGAAGCGUGACAAGAAGCGAUCCUCGAUGGGCAAAGGCCUGCUGCUCGAGGACGAGGAGCCAUCAUCACCCACCAUGACCGAGAAAGGGAAGAACGUCAACUACGGCACCAUCCUGCCCGCCCCCGUCACGCAACCCAACCCCACCGCCAGCCGCGCCCCUACCAAAGCCAUCCCACCGCCCGGCCUCGACACGGCUCACGGCCUCAGGUCCCCGACGCCCAAUGAAAACCGUCACAGCAUGUUCGAACGCGUGUCCACCAGCAUGUCCGAUUACUUCCCGCAACCCCCCUCGCCGACGCACUCCCACCACUCGCGCGGCAACAGCGUCGAAUCGCUCGGCGGCGUCAGUAUUGCUAGCAGCGGCAUCUUUUCCGCCUCCAUGCUGCCGCCUUCUACUGCCUGCAGCAAUAGUACCGCGUCCUGGGCGUUGCCGCCGAGCACGUCGCAUAGUCAGGCGAUGCAGUUUCAGCCGUUGCAGCCUAUGCCGAUGCCGAUGAGACAGUCGGGGUUGUCGACGCAGAUGUCGUCGAUGGCGCCGAGGGAAGGGCAGGCGGGUCCGUCGAAUUGGCGGGAUAGACCGGAUUCGUGGGGGUUCUGAUCUGAUUUUCUCUUUUUCUUUCCUUUGUUGAAUGGAGAGGGAAAAGAAAAAAAAAGAACACGGAUGAUGAGCACGAUUCGAGGCGAAGCGAAAAUUGGGAAGGGGGGAGAGUAGGUGGUGUAUGAGUACGGGCAAGUGUCAUGUCGUUGGCAAUGGCAAAACUACCUAUGCAUUUGCAAGCACACGGAUUGAUGUUGCGGUGUUUCUGGGGAAAAUCAAAUGCUUACAACAGGGACACUUAUGGAGAGGAGGAGGGGGGAUUGGCGGGGCAGGGACUUAAUCAGCUUUGGGUUUCUCGCGCCUCGUGUACACGACUUCAGAAAGACUUUGUUACUACUCGCCUGGUCUAGUACCUUGUCGGUUAACCAUGUAUCCGCCCGUCAAGUUACGUAGUUGGGUAGCUGUUAAUGAUAGUGUGUAAUGAAGUUACUGUUGACU